AUGAUGUUCAGCACUUUUAACUUGUUGGUUUUAAAGUGCUCUAUACUUUACCAUAUUUUACAUGGAGACGGACAAAGUCUUCCUUCUAGUCGUCACUCUACGCACCGAUUCAUCAAUUUUGUCAAGCACAGUUUCAACUACUUAAAUGCGGCGACGAAAAUAUCCAACAAAUUAGCUGUGAGAAGUUUCGACGAGUGUGGCAUUCAGUGUCUACGAACCUCGACUUGCCUUUCUGUGAAUAUGGCAAGUUCUUCUGACGACAAUGGAGUGUACUGGUGCGAAAUACUUGCUUCUGACAAAUACAUGUCUUCAGAAAGUUUUAAACCAAGCCCAAAUUCGCAUCAUUUUUCCAUUAUGGUAAGUGUAGGGUGGUUUUGAAAAGGUCAGGUUCAAAACGAAUAUUUUACAUUUCUAGGCAGACGUUUCCAUCGUUAUCCUUCGUCAAAGCGAUUGACGAAGGGCUAACGAUCGAAACGCCAGCUUUUAAACUCUUCACGGUGACCAAUUUACAUUAUCAACUCAGUUAAAAAAAACAAAUUAUCUUGUUCUACCUCCCCAACGACGCAGCACCACAGUUUCUCUAUAAACUUACCCUUUACAAAAAAAAUUAGUUAAGUCUGAGGUGGAAACAUGCAAAAUAUCUACGCGUACAAAUAAGCCAGGAGUUAGCGACUUAUCCCCUCUUAUGACAAUAGACAUAACAUUCUGGCCAGCCCUUGUUUUGGAACUUACUGGUUAAGGUAAAAGUACGAAUAUUUUUGGCAAUAUAACUAACUCCCAAUGUGCACUGUCCAUAUGUAAUUAAGAUUUGUUCAAUUAUCGCAGUGAAUUAAUUAUUUGAACAAUGGAAACAAAAUUGCAGAGUGAAAUGUCCCUUGCCGAACUGUUAUUAGCUUCAGGGAAGGAGUUCCGAAAAAACAACGAAACAAACAAAAAUUAAGAGAUUAAAUGGGAAUUUAAACCAAGAAUACUUGCAGUUGGAGCAGGUCAAGUUUGGGCCCAAUGUUCCCAUUAAGCAGAUGGAUUUGAAUCAGUCAAAAUAAUGAUAACAAUAAUAAUGACAAUGAUAUAAAAACACACUCACAUCUGUAGAGUCGGACAUGAAAUUGAAUACUGUAAUGAUUCCCUCAGUGAAACCUGUAAGAGAUGCUUAUGACGGAGGAAAACGAUCCAAUGGUGUAAGAUGUAUACCAAAAAUAUAGAUUUGAAGUUUAAUUUUAUCUUAUUGAGGAAAAACUAAAACAAGUUCGUUUCUUAAAAUGAACUUCAGAAUCUGCCUCCCCUCCUCACUUUUCUUCCCAAGGUUUUUUUAUCACUUGGAAAUUUCCGUGUCACUUUUAUUGUCUUAAGCAAGUGGAGAGCUAAUGCAAGGGAUUCUUAAUAGACUGCCAUCUAUCCAUUCUUUUUCUCUCAGACACCAUGCAUAAAGGACCCCUGUGUCGGUCUGCAAACGUGCGUUCCAAACUACAAUGACGGAAGCUACAAAUGCCGAUGUCUGCGAGUCGGUUUUUCGGGUGAUUACUGCCAAGGUAUUUACAUCUUCUAGAUUUCGCUUAAAACGUUAUGACCACCUCCACCUCGAAGAGGACGGGGUGGGGGAAAGGAGCCUGCAAAAGGGGAAAGAAGGGAAGUAUGGGAGAAGGGCCUUAUGAGAAAGGGAAGGUGCUCUCUAAAGAAAAUGAGGGUCGUGUUUUCUUUUUUUUAAAUCUCGCCCAGCUUGGAUAAAUACAUCCUUUCUAGGGUUAACCUUCAAAUACAGGCUUUCAAAUAUAUAUACAUGUCUUUCACUGAAACGAUUCUAUUUUUCUUCGCCAGCAGUCUUUUGAAUUUACACGCAACUGUAUUGUACAAAACUUACAAAAUGGAAGAAGCAAAAUGCAAUAAUUAUAAUAAACACUUAAAUUACUGUUACGCGAUGGAAGUAAGAGGGAGGGGUUUCUAUCCACCCCCACCCCCACUCCCGAUAGUUGUGUGUUAGUUAACUUGUCAGUCUAAACAAUCCCUGACUCUUCGACUUAGUGUUUUUUCAUACUUAAAUCGAAUUGCAGAAUGUGACACGACAAAUGGAUGGAGACGGUUCAACAUAUCUUGCUAUAAGUUUUUUAGCGAAGUGGGUAAGUGGAAAGAGGCGAAGAAGCGUUGCGCAGACAUUGGAUCCAUUUUAGUUCCAAUUCAUUCCGCCAAUGAAAAUGAUUUCAUAUCCUCCCUGCUUCCCGAUGAAGAAACCACUGCAUGGAUUGGAGCAAACGACAUUGGUACGGAGGGGAAUUGGGUCUGGGUGGACAGGAAAAACUGGGGCGAGUAUGAAAACUGGUCUGGAAACAAUCCCAAUGGCGACGUCAUAGAAAACUGCGCGCUGAUACAAUCUGGACGGUGGAAUGAUGUAUCCUGCGGUUUGAGACGUUACUAUGUUUGUAAAACGAAAAAUUAA